AAUCAAAUAUAAACCUAAAAUGCAACGCAAAAAAUGAAAACUUACUCGCUCGAAAUUCGUUGAAAAAUGAAAAUAUCCAAUGGUCUAUAACACAGCCGUGAAUGAAAUAAGCGCGAAAUUGACUACUUGCUCGGCUGCUCCUGUGGCGGACAAUGCUGCCAGAGAUGUGUCCCUCGGAGCUUUGUUGCAAUUUAAACCAUAUAAAUAUUUUCGAAAAAUAUUUUUUCUAAAAAAUAAUGUUACUUAAAAUUUUAAAAUAAAAUUCCUCAAUUUACUAGAUUUCCUUACACAACUAUGAAUUAAUUUUAAAUAAUUUUAACUUCAUUGCAUCGUUGUCAAAAUCGUGGGAACGGAGGGGAUGAGAAUUGAAAAUAGUUCGAGAAAGAAAGUGUUGGAUAGUGUGGGUAGGAUGGGAAGUGGAAGAUGAUGACAAUAUGACAAAAUGGGGGAGGGGUGUGAUGUAGCAACAGCCAAUCGUAAUUAAGAUCAGAGUCAGCACGGACAUUUAAACUAUCAUUUGUCUUUUGGAAGUUGAGGCUACUGUACGGUCUUAAAAUGCCUAAACGUAGCGCAAAAAAAAGUAAGUUAGAUGAAACUCUUGAUUUGCUUAAUAUUGAAAGUGAAAAAAAUGUCAUAUUGUCAAAUGAAAAUAAAGUUUUAAGUGAUCGCAUUCAAGAUUUAGAAAAAGAAAAUGGGAUUUACAUUUCUCAAUCCGUGGUGCAUUUCACCAAAAUUGAAAAGUUGAAGUUGACCAUCGCGAGUCUUAAGAGACAGAAACUGUCGGAGGAUUUGGAUACAAUUAAUGAAGAACAUGAAGUCAAUGUGUUACAGGAAGAUAAUAAUGACGGACAUCCAAAAAUUUCGCAGCAGGUGACGUCGUCACCAAAGAUAUCGUCACCGAAUACAUCGUCACCCAAUUGUGAUAAUGAUAGAAAAAAAGAAUCUGUCCCACGGAAAGCUGUUCCUCAUCUUUUUAAUAUUUCCAAGGAAGAUCGCAAGAUUUAUCGUCGCAAAGCUCGAGAGGAAUGCAAUAGGAUUGUUGAAGAAAUGAAGAAAGUCGAAAAAGGAAAGUCUAAGAAAGAAAAAAUAACGGAACCAAAACAAUUGAACAUGACGUAUACUGUGUCUAAGUAUAUAUCUGACAUCAUGACUGCCGGGUUCACUGGAGACUACUUAAAGUCUACGAAGUGGUCAAACCAAGAGGCCAAAAAGGGAAAAAAUCUAAAGAAAGGAAUGGAUGCCGGGGACAGAGAAUCCAUCAUUGAUUUGGCAUUAACUAAUUGGGAUUCUCUAAGCCCAAUUGUUUCAAAAGAGACUAUCAAAAAGUGGGUUAUUGACGGAAUCAAACAAACGUUCAACAACAAAGGCCGCUCCACUAAGGUUCUGAAUUUAGCGGAAAAAGAUCCAGAAGAUGCUGUGAAAUAA